UUCUCAGCAUAGGUUAAAAUUAGAACUAGACUGACACUGCGUUGGAGUCUGAGUGAGAGUUCUAAAUGGUUUUGGUAGUACAGACAAGAUUCUUAAUUUAUCUCUGCUCUUGCCCAGAAAGCAAUGAGCCACAGAAAAUCCUUGGAAACACCAAAUAAUUGAGACUGAAUCUGAACAUGUAAAGAUCAUGACUGAAACUGCAGUUUGUGUCGGAACAUUCACUGCUGUGAAGACACUUUGGGAAGUGAGAAUACACAAGAUAAAUGAAGAAUUACAGAAAGAAAAGGAAUUCAGACAGAGGUCUGCAGGAAGGCUACUACUUGUCUGGGAGGAGAGAGCUGCUUUAGCAAAGCUCAAAGAAAAAGUUAUUAACAAAGAUGGAAGAGCAAUUUUAAGGAUAGAGGAAGAAGAAUGGAAGACACUACCUUCGUGCUUACUGAAACUAGUCCAUCUCCAGGAAUGGCAGCUUCACAGAACUAGUUUGCAGAAAAUUCCUCAGUUCAUUGGAAGAUUUCACAAUCUUGUUGUUCUGGAUCUAUCCCGGAACUCAAUUGAAAGUGUACCUAAAGAAAUUGGCCAGCUGACUAGCCUCCAAGAGCUGCUUCUCAGUUACAAUAGAAUAAAGUCUGUUCCUAAGGAAAUAAGUAACUGUGUGAGUCUGGAAAGAUUGGAACUGGCUGUCAACAGGAGUAUCUGUGAUCUUCCUCCUCAGCUCAGUGAUUUAAAGAAGCUUUCACACAUAGAUCUGUGCAUGAAUCAGUUUACUACCAUCCCUUCAGCUCUUCUCAACAUGCCAAAUCUAGAAUGGUUAGAUAUGGGGGGAAAUAAACUCCAGGAGCUUCCUGAUGCAAUUGACAGAAUGGAAAAUCUCCACACUUUAUGGCUCCAAAGGAAUGAGAUAAACUCUCUGCCAGAAACCAUUAGCAAUAUGAAAAAUCUUAGUACUCUUGUUCUUAGCAACAACAAACUUAAGGAUAUCCCAGCUUGUAUGAAGGACAUGACAAAUCUGAGAUUCGUCAACUUCAGAGACAACCCACUGGAGUUAGAGGUAACACUCCCUCCAUGUGAGAAUACGGAAGAGGAGGAGCAACAGGAAAUGUUCGGCAUUGAAUUCAUGCACAUGUAUAUCCAGGAGUCACUCAAGAAAACAGGAAAUCUGGAAAGUUGUACUUCUGGUCCUUCUCCUAUCAUAAAUGCUAAUGAAUAAAGAAUGUAACUGUGAAUGG